AUGAAUAUAUCGAAUAACAAUAACCUCAAUAUACUCGAUUUGCCCAAUGAAAUUUUAUUGAUUAUUUUUAACAAACUGAAUAAAGUCGAUGUUCUAUAUUCACUUGUCGAUAUUACUCAACGGUUUAAUCAAUUGGCACUUGAUCCAUUUUAUAUUCUUAAUCUUAAUAUGACCUCUAAGACAAUGAAAUCAUUUUAUGAUCAUGUCUAUUUAAUAGACAAUCAAGUUCUUGAUAGAAUUUGUAAAAAUAUUUUACCUCGAAUUUAUCGUCAAAUAAAUGAACUCAUUGUCGAACAAUAUUCAAUGGAACGUGUUCUUCACACUAUCAAUUAUCCUCAACUUUACUCAUUAACACUUAUGGAUUUUUCAGAAGAAGUUCUUUUCAAUUACUUAACAAAUAAUACAAUUCUUCGAAAACUUCUCAAUGAACAAAUUACAUGUCUUACAAUUGAUGUUAAAGAUAAGCCAACAGAACCAUCUUCUGAAACACUUUGGGUUAUAUUUACUUUGAUAUUAUCUUUAUGUAAACAAUUAAACAAAUUAAAUUUUUGUCAAUUCGAUAAUCGAUCAACGUUCCGUAUCUUUGACUUGUCAUCAACAAAUUUCAAAUCUUCAACAUUAACUGAAUUGAAAAUUAAUGUGGAAACUUUCGAUGAUUGUCUUUAUCUACUUGAUGGACGUUUCAAUUGUUUAUCAACAUUGAUUAUAAAUAUAGAAAUAAUUUCAUUUACAUCAGGAACUAUCGAUAAUACAAAAAAGCUUCCAAAAUUAAAACAUUUUUCGUUAACAUCAUAUCCACACACAUUUUUAUAUGAUAAUUUAAUUAUUCCAUUACUUCGACGAAUGAUAAAUCUUGAAGAAUUGAUAUUAGAUCUGUCGAUAAUAAGAAGUAAUAAGAAUUAUAUUGAUGGUAUUCAAUUAUAUGAUGAUAUUCUUAUUGAUAUGCCACGAUUAAACAAAUUUACUUUCAAUAUAUACACAAAUGUAGACAAGAAGAAUGUUGGAAUUGUUUUUUCGUCAAAUGAAGAUAUUCAACGUAGUUUUAGAAGAAAAGAAUAUGGAUCAGUUGCUUCACAUAUUGAAAUUUUCACAAGAGAAAAUCAACGUAAAUGUCAUAACUAUUCAUCACCAUAUGAAUUCAAAAGUAGAUGCCACAUCUAUUCACUUCCAUAUCAAUUCAGAACUUAUCACUUUUUAAAUAAUUCUUUUGAAGGUGGAAUAUUUGUUAAUGUUCAAUUCCUGGUAAUGACCGACUUCUGUCCUUUUGAGCAUAACUUCUUCAAAGUUAUCUCUCAAAGUUUUCCAUUAUUUAAAAAGAUGGAUAUCAUGAAUAAAGAACUACGGAAAGACAAGCAAAAAUCAUUAUCAUUGAUCAAAUUUUCUUAUCUUAUUUAUCUCGAUCUUCAAGGUGCUCAUGCAGAUUAUGCUGAACAAUUUCUCGUCGAUAAAUAUUGUCAUUUACCUUGUUUGUUGAACCUUAAUAUCGACUAUGAAUCACUUGUUCUGGUCACAAACAAUUUUACUAAUGAUGCCACACGUCUCACUUGUAGCAAAUUGACCAGUCUUCGUAUAAAUGAACCGUUUGUACCUCCAAAAAAUUUUUAUCAAUAUUUUCCUUUAUUGUAA